UUCAUUUUUUGGCCCGGGGAGAACACGGUGGCGCUUUAAAGGGCGUAUUGAAUGGGGAAUGAGCGCUGAGCGCCGCGCGCCACGGUAUCAGUAGAACAGUAGCUAGCUACAGUAUCUUCAGUCCGUGGUAGCCGCGAGGAGCUGUACUCGGAUCCUGACUCCAUGGCAACCGCAAUGGCAGAAACAGAGAUACGUCAGAAACUGCUGCGCACCGUCAAGAAGGAGGUGAAGCAGAUCAUGGAGGAGGCGGUGACCAGGAAGUUUGUGCAUGAAGACAGCAGCCAUAUUGUUUCUUUCUGCGCCGCUGUGGAGGCCUGCGUGCUGCACGGGCUGAAGCGGCGGGCGGCCGGGUUCCUGCGCAGUAAUAAGAUCGCCGCGCUCUUCACCAAGGUGGGCAAGGGCUUCCCCCCGGCCGAGGAGCUGUGCCGCAAGGCCCAGGCCCUGGAGCAGAUCAUCGAGAACAAACGGAACCAGGUGCCCCUGAACCCCGAAAGCACCCGCAAGCUCCCCAAGCUGCCCAACAUGUCCCCCCAGGCCAUCAAGCACCUGUGGAUCCGCACGGCCCUCAUCGAGAAGGUCCUGGACAAAAUCGUGCUCUACCUGGUGGAGAACAGCAGCAAGUUCUACGAGAAAGAGGCAGUGCUAAUGGAUCCUGUGGAUGGACCAAUCCUUGCCUCUUUGUUAGUCGGACCCUGCGCGCUGGAGUACACCAAGAUGAAGACCGCCGACCACUUCUGGACGGACCCCUCGGCCGACGAGCUGGUCCAGAGGCACAGGAUCCACAGCGCCUACUGCCGGCAGGACUCGCCCACCAAGCGCCCCGCCCUCUGCAUCCAGAAGAGACACUCCAGCAGCAGCAUGGACGAGCGGGCCUCCCCCUCCCCGUCCGCCCGGGACUACGUGGAGUCGCUGCACCAGAACUCCAGGGCCACGCUGCUUUUCGGCAAGAACAACGUCCUGGUGCAGCCGAGGGACGACAUGGAGGCUAUCCCAGGGUACCUCAGUCUCCACCAGACCGCUGACAUCAUGACCCUGAAGUGGACGCCCAACCAGCUGAUGAACGGCUCCGUGGGGGACCUGGAUUACGAGAGGAGCGUUUACUGGGACUACGCCAUGACCAUUCGCCUGGAGGAGAUCGUCUAUUUGCACUGUCACCAGCAGGUGGACAGUGGGGGUACUGUGGUUUUGGUGAGCCAGGAUGGGAUCCAGCGGCCCCCGCUUCGCUUCCCCAGGGGGGGCCACCUCCUGCAGUUCCUGUCCUGCCUGGAGAACGGGCUCCUCCCCCACGGCCAGCUGGACCCGCCCCUCUGGUCCCAGAGAGGAAAGGGAAAGGUUUUUCCGAAGUUGCGCAAGCGAUGCCCUCAGGGAUCCUCGGAGUCAGUCUCGGACAAAGAGGAGGACGAGGCCACGGACUACGUCUUCCGCAUCCUUCUCCCCGGCAGCCAGUCGGAGUUCGGUACGCCGGACCUGAUGGACCAGGGGGCGACCCUGUGGCACCCCACCCCCAGGAAGUCCUCCUGCUCCUCCUGCUCGCAAAGCGGGUCCUCCGACGGCGGACCGCCCAACGGGUGCAACCACGAGAGGGCCCCUCUGAAGCUGCUCUGUGAUAACAUGAAGUAUCAGAUCAUUUCCCGGGCUUUCUACGGCUGGCUGGCCUACUGUCGUCAUUUAUCCACGGUGCGCACGCACCUGUCCGCGCUGGUCAACCACGCCAUCGUCGACCCGGACGUCCCGUACAACGCCUACGGGGGCCUGACGGCGGAGGUGUGGCAGAGGUUCAUGGGGGACUGCUCCGCCUACGAGGAACGGGAGCUGCUGCGCCUGGUGUACUUUGGGGGGGUGGACCCCACGCUGCGCAAGGAGGUCUGGCCCUUCCUGCUGGGGCACUACCAGUUCGGCAUGUCCGAGGCGGACAGGAAAGAGGUGGAUGAGCAGGUGCGGGCCUGCUACGAGCAGACCAUGAGCGAGUGGCUGGGCUGCGAGGCCAUCGUGCGCCAGCGGGAGAAGGAGCAGCACGCCGCCGCGCUGGCCAAGUGCUCGUCCGGCGCCAGCAUGGACAGCAGCAUCCAGAAGAUGAUGCACCGUGACUCCACCGUCAGCAACGAGUCCUCCCAGAGCUGCAGCUCAGACAGGCAGAGCCACGCCCGGCUGCAGAGUGACUCCAGCAGCAGCACACAGGUCUUCGAGUCCGUGGAGGAGGUGGAUCAGAUCGAGACGGAGCCCAAGGGCGACGAGACCAAGCAGGUUCCCAAAAUCCCCAACGGGGCCCUGCCCAACGGCACCACCUCGCCCGACUCGGGACACCCGUCGUCCCGAAACUUCUCCAUCGCCUCCGGCUUGUCCGACCGCUCCCUCAGUACGGAGGACAGCGGCGCGCCCGAGGCCUCUGCCAAAUCCGCUGCCCCCCAGCAGCAGCCGCCGCCCCCCCAGCCCGGGCCGGCGAGGGCGGAGCAGGCCGCGGAGGCCUCCCCCACCUCCAGCCCCCCCCAGAGCACCCGGUCACAGCCCCAGCCCCAGCCCAAUGGGAAAGAACUCCAGGCUAAGGACGCGUCGGAGAAAGUCUCCAAAGCUCCCGGAGCCACAGAAACGGAAGUGGCCAAAUCGCCCAAAAUCGAGGAGGUUAGCGUUGCUAAACCAGAGGAGGUACAAUCGCCUGAAGCAGAGGUAGUCAGAUCGCCCAAAAAAGAGGAGGUCAACAUUGCUAAACCAGAGAAGGUUCAAUCACCUGAAAUAGAAGUAGCCAAAUCGCCUAAAACAGAGGAGGUCAACGUUGCUAAACCAGAGGAGGUGCAAUCACCUGAAGCAGAGGUAGCCAAAUUGCCUAAAACAGAGGAGGUCAACAUUGCUAAACCAGAGAAGGUUCAAUCACCUGAAAUAGAAGUAGCCAAAUCGCCUAAAACAGAGGAGGUCAACAUUGCUAAACCAGAGGAGGUACAAUCACCUGAAGCAGAGGUAGCCAAAUCGCCUAAAACAGAGGAGGUCAACAUUGCUAAACCAGAGGAGGUACAAUCACCUGAAGCAGAGGUAGCCAAAUCGCCUAAAACAGAGGAGGUCAACGUUGCUAAAUCAGAGGAGGUACAAUCACCUGAAGCUGAGGUAGCCAAAUCACCUGAAAUUGAGGAGAUCAAAUCACCUAAAGGAGAGGAGGUCAGUGUUCCUGAAGCAGAAGAGGUCAAGUCAAAAUCACCUGAAGCAGAGGUAACCAAAUCACCAGAAGCGGAAGGGAUCGAAUCGCCUAAAACAGAAGAGAUCAGUGUUCCUAAAUCUGAGUGGGUGAAAUCACCUGAGCCAGAAGCAGCCAGGUUACCUGAAACAGAGGAGGUCAAACCCUCUGAAAACGAGAGGGCUGGUGCUCCAAAAACAGAGCAGGUCAACACACCUGAAGCAGAAGAGAUUAAGUCACCAAAAACAGAGGAGGUGGAAUCACUUGAGAGUGAAAAGGUGAAAUCACUUGAAAGCGAGGUGGUCAAAUCACCAACAAUAGAGGAAGUCAGGUCACCUAAAAUGGAGGUUGCCAAAUCUCUGGAAUCAGAGGUCAAAUCACCAGAAACAGAAGAGGUAAAAUCACCUACAAAAGAGGAUGUCAGGUCACCUAAAACAGAAGAUGCCAAAUCUUUGGAAACAGAGGUCAAAUCACCAGAAACAGAAGAGGUGAAAUCACUCAAAACUGAGGAGGUCACUGCUCCUAAAACAGAGGAGGCUACAGAUGUAGACGGGGAGGUGAAAUCUCCUGAGGUGGAAGACGUUAAAACUCAAACAAAAACAGAGUUGGCCCAGGCAACGGAAACAGAAGUUGCCGUAUCUCCCGAAACACAAGCCCUCAGAGCUCCGGAUACGACGGAGGAGACGGAACAGGCGAGACCUUCAGAACAAGAGGUGGUCGAGGGUGCGAGGGAAAUGACAGAGGUCAAACCUCCCGAACCGGAGGAUGCCAAGGUCAUAGAACCUGAGGUAGCCAAAGCUCCACAAACGGAAGUCGGUGGAGCUCCUGAAACCGAAGAGGUGAAAACUCUUGAGUCAAAUGGCGCAGAGGUGGUAGAGGCGAGAUCUCCAGAUCCAGAGAAGGCCAAGGUUCCAGAGGGGCAGGAUGGUACACCAGACGCGCAAGAGGUUAAAGCUCCAGACGCCGACAUUUUCAAGGCUUUUGAAGCAGAGGAGGCCCUCGUGAUAAGUAUGGCCUCCAGCACCAUAGAUACCAGCGACGCUCUGCUCACCAUAGAAUCAGACGAGUCUCCGUCCGCCAUAGAAAUGGAGGAGAUUCCCAUGGCCAAGGGGUCCAUUAUCUCGUGGGACAGGAAAGGGACAUCGAUGGCCCUGGGGUCUCCGACGGGGGUGGUGGGCUUGGUCCUGGGAGAGGGGGCGGGUUCGGCGCUGCCGGUCCUGGAGCUUCGGCUCGAUCAGGCGGGGGAGAAGCCCAGCCCGGAGGGGACCGAGUCGGUCCUGUCCGAGGAGCCCGAAAUGGAGAGCCUCUUCCCCCAGUUCGACUCCCUGGUCGUCGCCGCGGAGAUGAAAAACGAGGCGGUCUCCCCCGUCUCGUCCAUCGGGACCACCUAUUCCCAAGAGCUGCUGGACAUGUACACCAUCAACCUGCACCGCAUCGAGAAGGACGUCCAGCGCUGCGACAGGAACUACUGGUACUUCACCCCUGCGAACCUGGAGAAGCUGCGCAACGUUAUGUGCAGUUACGUCUGGCAGCACUUGGAGAUCGGCUAUGUGCAGGGCAUGUGCGACCUGCUGGCGCCGCUCUUAGUCAUUCUGGAUGACGAGGCCAUGGCCUUUAGCUGCUUCACAGAGCUCAUGAAGAGGAUGAACCAGAACUUCCCUCACGGAGGAGCCAUGGACACACACUUUGCCAACAUGCGCUCCCUCAUCCAGAUCCUGGACUCUGAGCUGUUCGAGCUCAUGCACCAGAACGGAGACUACACUCACUUCUACUUCUGCUACCGCUGGUUUCUGCUGGACUUCAAGCGAGAGCUGGUGUACGACGACGUGUUCGCCGUGUGGGAGACGAUCUGGGCGGCCAAGUACACCUCGUCCGGCCAUUUUGUGCUCUUCAUCGCCCUGGCCCUGGUGGAGAUCUACCGGGACAUCAUCCUGGAGAACAACAUGGACUUCACCGACAUCAUCAAGUUCUUCAACGAAAUGGCCGAGCACCACAAUAUCAAGCAGAUCCUGACUCUGGCACGAGACCUGGUGUGCAAGGUUCAGACGCUCAUCGAAAACAAGUGAAGAAGAAGAAGAAGAAGAAGAAGAAGAAGAAGAAGCCGCCAUUGGCCGUUCUGCUGAGUCAUUCUGUUACAGGCAUUCCCAGCGUCCUCUCUGUCCCAGCAGUGUCCAAUCAGAGGCCUCACACAGCGGCCCCUGGCAGUAGGAAACCAUAUAUAUCCCAUCCACCCACCACACAUAUACCAUAGACGCCAGUUCAGCAUUCCCACAGCCAUCAGCCUGAUGCCUCUCUGUGUUACUCCAUGCAAAGCUAAAAGAAACCUGUAGCCGCGAAAGCCAGUGUGUGUUUACUGUGUGCUUACGCUGUUACCGCGGGUGACGGGGGGGGGCGG